AUGCCUCCAAAGAAGACUUCCACCGUCGCAAAGACAGCGACCAAGAAGGACGCUGCCCACCCAAGCUAUGCGGACAUGAUCAAGGAGGCUGUCAUCAGCCUCAAGGAGCGUAACGGCUCAUCUCGCCAGGCCGUCAAGAAGUACGUGCUGGCCAACAACAGCCUCGGCAGCACCUCCGAUGCCCAGUUCACCAGCCAAUUCAACAAGGCACUCUUGAGAGGGUCUGACAACGGCAUUUUCUCGCGCCCGAAGGGUGCCUCCGGCCCGAUCAAGCUCGCAGCACCUAAGAGCGCCGAUAGCAAGCCAACCGCAAAGGCUACUACCAAGAAGGCUCCCGCCGAGAAGAAGACCGCCACCAAGACUGCUGCCGCAAAGAAGCCUGCCGCAAAGAAGACUGCCACCAAGGCCGCCGCAACCAAGAAGGCGCCCGCCAAGAAGACUACUACAAAGGCCACAACAACCAAGAAGACUGCAACUAAGGCCAAGGCUAACACUGGCAAGGCACGAAAGACACCUGCUGCCGCACCCGCCGUUGAGACGAAGGCACCUGUUGUUCUUGGCAAGACCAAGUCUGGCCGUGUAACUAAGUCGACAGCACCACAAGCAGAAAAGAAGGCCGCCAAGCCACGAAAGUCUGCCGCCACCAAGAAGGCAACACCAAAGAAGACCAAGACGCCAACCAAGGCAUAA